AUGCGGACACCGGCCACAGGUAUUGUUGAUUUAACUUUCGAGUUUGGAGAGCAAAGUCGAGUCAUUCCUACCUUAUUGAUUAAAGCAAGCAGACCGCAAUUCAUCGCAGGCAUGAGCUUUUGUCGCGCAUUCGAUGUGGCUUUAAGAGUCGACCCAGGCUUUUACAACAAACACCCGAACAAAAUUCAAUCUCGAGAUGUUUUGGCCACCAGCGUUGCACUGGUACCAGACCAUACGAUUCCAUGCGAUAAGCCCACAUACGUUUGCCCAAUACACGACUCGAAUCCGUAUAAAGAUUUGUCACCAUUGAUCGAAAUGGAUCCAAAUGUCCAAAGAGAAAAGAGAGCAUACCUCGACCAAAACGAAUGUGUUUGCAAUCCACCCAAUUCAGCAAAUAGUAACAGUUCACACCGUGAUACUGCAGCCGAAGCAAGCAUCGAAAAUUCUACAAGCACGUGGGAAAUUGGCUCUGGUAAAUCCAGCCCAUUGAUCUCGGAAAAGAUUCAGCUACCGGAGUUGAAUCCGCUCACGAAUGCCAGUCCGACCAAAGUGAAAUCCAAGCUUUCAGUUUGUGAUUUAGGAAUCGAUAGCCAAGCGACCGACAGUAGUGCUGCGGCCCUGUCAGGUAUAGAUGUGACUGCUAUUGAGAUCGAGUUGGGAAACAAUUGCGAUGCAGUCGAGCUACUUAGUUUGACUCAGCCAGCAGGCAAGCCAAAUCAAAAACCGAUCAAAUACGUCGAUCCAACUCCAACGCUUCAACGUCUCUGGAGUGAACACAAUUCAUUUCGUUUCACCGUAAACACAGACCAAAAAGAAACAUUCGAAACGGGCACAUACGAGUCAGCUCCAAUUUGUGACCUCAUGGAAAUUGUUUUGGGGCCUCGAACCAAACCGAAAAGAGACAAACACCCUGGCAAAAGCCGACGCGAACGGCUUCGAACCGAGAAAUUCGAAAUCAUGGCACUGAAGUGCCAUACCAGUCAAACGAGAUCAAUACCCGCUUUCACCUUAUGUGUUGGAAGAGGUACGUGCGGAAAUCUCUAACUUGUUGGCCAAAGAUAUCAUUGAACCACUUGAUAAGAGCCCUUGGCGUUGGCCCAUAUUGUGGGUUAAAAAGAAGACCGGCGGCGGAAGAAUUUGUUUGGAUGCACGUGGUCUAAAUAAGUUAACGAUACCUGACGCCUAUCCAUCGUUCAACGUCGAUCAAAUACUCCGAAAUUUGCCAAAAGCCAAGUAUAUCACCGGCCUUGAUAUGACGCAAGCCUUCCACCAGAUGGAAAUCGCACCGACAGACCGAAACAAGACCGCUUUUGCUAU